AGAUAGAAACUGACUUUAUACAAGCACUGAAACAAAACUCCAGAUCUUAAUUAUUUGGAAAGAAUCAAGAAUGUAUUGAUCAAGUGAGCCUAAUUUCUCCACUAGCAUGAGCCUCCUUAACUCUCUUCUCAUACUCAUCUUCUUCCUCCUCUAUCUCUCUCCUUCCUUGGCAUCCCCAUCUUCUUGUCUUCCCCAACUAAAGCCUCCAUUAGAGCGAGAUACUGGAGCAGGAACUUUGGCCUCUUCAACUAUUUUUAAGAUUUCUUCAUUGCUUUGGACAGAAAAAGUUGGGUUGUCUUCCCUAUGUUAUGGAAUCCUAGUGCUUGAGAUGAUGAUGGGAAAGAAGCCCAUUGAUAGUCUCUUUGAAGCAGGAUUGAAUCUUCAUAACAAUGCAAGAAUGGCCUCGCCUAAUCAGAUUGUGGAGAUUGUAGACCCUAAGCUGAUCGGUGUGGCAAGUUCCAUGGAGUCGCCUCAAGAUCAUAUGCUCAUAAGUAUUAUUCUUAGGGAGUUGCCUCUUAUCAAGAGCAAUCUUCAACGUAACCGGGGUAACUACUAGCUAGUAUAGCUCUAAGCUACAUGUCUAAAUCGUUAAACAUACUUAGCUAUGAAUAAGCAAAAAGUGUGUUGCUGUUGUGUACUCUAGAGGUGUGAAACUUUCUCAGUGAGUGUGGUUUAAUUUUACACUUUUGGAGUUGCUUUGUGCGCCCCUAUUCUGUUUCCUCACUUUGCUUUGUACUGUUGUCGUUUUCUUGUGCUAAAUAAUGCUGUCUGGAACAA